UACGUACAUUCAGUAUAUUCUCUCAGAGAGCUAUCCUAGAUAAUAAAUUUGAUAUGUAACCGGUUACAAAUUUCAAUGUGCGUCUGUUACUUAUGCUUAAAUCUGUCUUGUGCUUACUUAAUAUAUUUCAUUAUACAGUUUUACCAUGCAUAUUAUGUACAUUGAAGUAUUUGUGGUAUUGUAAAGUUAUAUCGUUAUUUCAACAAAUGAUGUAUUUUCCAAGUACAUAUCACUUUACGGGUGACUAGUUGUCUCCUAAGAUAUCGACUUAAUAUUUACUUUACCCAAGCUGUCCUUUAUUGAUCCCUCCCAUGAGUUCUGUUAUUCCUUUGGCCCUGGCAUCUGCUCAGGGCCCCUCACACUGCGAAAUGGAACCCUGACAGUCACACCCUUCCCCCCUUAUACUCACGCUUGCCGUCUCUCCCCGCAGGAGCUGCCGCAGCAACCCAUCCCCGAUCUCGGCAGCACCCUCGACCGGUACCUGGCUGGCUUGAGGGCCGUGAUUCCCGCUACCCAAUACGAGAGCACGCGGCAACUAGUAGAGGAUUUCCGGGAAGAUGCUGGACCCAAACUCCAAGCCGAGCUGGUCCGACUGGCACAGAACACAGACAACUGGGCAACGAGCUUUUGGCUGGAUGACAUGUAUUUAAACAACCCAAUACCACUCCCUAUCAACUCCAACCCUUUCUUCCUACUCCCGAAGCAGCAAUUUCAUUCAUCAGCGGACCAACUCAGAUUUUCUGCCAAACUUAUUCUUUUUGCAUUGGACUACAAAAUGAAGAUAGACAGGAAUGAAUUACUACUGGAUCUCGUUCCUUCUAAAGGAGGCAAAAAAUCUCAGUUAUGCAUGAAAACAUAUCAUCACUUUUUUCCCGCUUACCGAAGACCCGGCGAAGAGAAAGAUGAACUAAUUAUGUCUACUCAACAAGAAAUGGAUCAUGCAUGGAAUGUGGUCGUAGCUUGCAAAAAUCAGUUCUUUACAGUCCAAGUGAAACCACCAAAUAGUGAAGAAUUCCCUAACGAAAAUACACUCGUGGACCAACUGCGACAGGUGAUGCAGAUGUCGAAAGAUAAGGAGAACCUCCAACCUCCGGUAGGCCUUCUCACCACAGAGAACAGGCAGACUUGGGCAAGACUGAGGAACAAAAUGCUCAAAAAAAACGUAAACUUAUUGAGUUUACAGACGAUCGAGAACUGCCUCUUUGUUCUCUGCCUAGACGACGGAACUCCCAUGGUGCCUAACUAUUCCACCAUUCGAAAAGAUUCCACCACCCUGGAGUUGACCACAAUGGCCGGUCACGUGCUUCAUGGUAGUGGCACCGAUGCUGGCACCGCUAACAGAUGGUACGACAAAUUUCUUCAAGCGGUGGUAACGAGAGAUGGCGUUGUAGGAUUUGUUGUAGAACAUUCGGCCUCCGAAGGAAUAACAGUUCUACGAUUCUGUGAAGAAUUUCUUCAAAAACUAUCACUGGAACAGAACAGCAGUGAAGUACAACCCAACUCGUCUUUACCCUCUACUACACGGCCGCCGAUCUCUCUGAACUGGGAAAUAGAUGAUGAAAUAUCGUCUGCCAUCCAGGAAGCUGGGAAGAAAAUGAACAAGCUGUGCAAAGAUCUAGAUUUGUUUGUCCAUCGUUUUGAGAAAUAUGGUAAAGAAUUCAUCAAAAGCCACAAAAUAAGCCCUGAUGCUUUCAUACAAGUAGCCCUCCAACUUACUUAUUAUAAGGUGCACCGGCGCUUGGUGUCUACCUAUGAAAGUGCAUCCCUACGGCGGUUCCAAAAUGGCAGGGUGGACAACAUUCGAGCAGCCACAGCUGAGGCCUUAACCUGGGUGAAGGUGAUGUGUGACGAUCAACAAGUUACCGAGGAGACCAAAGUGAAAUUAUUUCAAGAAUGUAUUAAAAAACAAACUGAAAUUCUUCUCUACACUAUAAAUGGGGAAGGACCCGAUAACCACUUACUUGCUUUGAGAGAGAUCUCAAAGUCGCAAGGAGGACAGGAACAUCCCAUCUUCAAAGACAAAUCUUAUUGGGAGUUCUUAAAUUUCAGACUUUCGACUAGCCAAUUGCCGACAACAUAUGGAAUAUUGGUUGGCUAUGGUCCUGUCGUUCCAGACGGGUACGGUUGUUCUUAUAAUCCUUGUGCGGACCAUAUCGACUUUUGCGUUUCUUCUUUCUUCAGUUCUAAGGAGACGAGCUCUGAUUUCUUUGCCCAUAGCCUUGAAGGUAGCCUUUUGCACAUGGGGGAGAUAUGUCUUAAGAUGAAGCAAAUGGAAGAAGAGGCAAAACGUUGUGAUCAGGCGAUACUAAACAAAGCGUCCACAAGAGCAGAUUGAAAUUAAAAUAUAUAUAUAUUAUAGUGCUUAAUUAAGGAAGCAAAAUAAAAAAGGAGAUUUUUUUAUUAUUCAAAAGAGAUGAUUAAGUAAAUCUGGUGUCUCUGCUUGCAAAUUAAGUGUAGAGAAAAAAAUCAAAUUAUUAUUAUUAUAUAUAUAUAUCCAUAGUUUAAGAGAUAUUAGAGUUUAAAUAUCAUUUCGACCCACCAUAAUUAAAUAUUACCAAAGAAUAUAAAGUGAAAAAUUGUCUGUGUAAAGUUCUAAGAGUAUUUUUAUAUAUUAUAAAUAUAAAAGAAAUGACAAAAGUUUAUCGAGUUAUGAGAGCGAUAACUGUUUCUUAAUACCAGUAUAUAAAAUGGCAAAAAUUAGCAAAAUAAAUUUAAUAAUUUUAUUUAUAAAUUUUUGCGCUCUGAAGUGAAUUCUACAUCAAGAAUAUUUUUAAUUGGAUUUAAUGUUCAAAACAUUCGUAAUUAUCUAGUAAAAUUUAUUAAAUUAAGAACAUGUGUACGUUUAUCAAAAACUGAAUAAGAAAUGAUGGCAUUAUUUUUAAUUUUCAAUUGAAACGGAUAUGAGAAAUUUGCAAUUGUACUGGCAUGAAAAAUAAAUUUUGAAAAGAAGAAAAAUAAAUACUACCCUUUUCUGGGGGGGUUACUAAAUCAGUCAUAAAGGGGGGGAUUCAUUCCUAGACCAUUAAAACCCCACUUCAAAACAAAAAUUUUUAAGUUACUAAAUACGUGCUUUAGAAAUGCUAUUCUAAAUCAAAAUUGAAAUCAUUAAAAGAAAAUUGAUUUAAUUUUGUGACGCACAAAUAUUUAUAAUAACUAAAAUGAACUUUAACUUUCAUAAGUUUAUGUUCUUUUAAAAUUAAGGAUUAUUUAUAUUAUAUUAAUGGCCCAUAAUGAAACUUAAAUGUAGCUAUAUUUUGAACAAUUUUUAACUAUUUCAUUUAUAAUAUUUAAGUACAUAUUUAUAUUAUCUAAACUGAAGCAACAUAUUCUAUGCGGUAUAAUUCAAAAUAUAAUUUGAAAUAUUUUUAUUCUACUUAAAGGUAUUUUAUAACGCUCAUUGCAGUUUUAAAAGAUUUGCGAAUUAAUUAAUUUGGCUUUGCUACAUUCAGAUCUAAAUUCAUCGCAAUCAAACAUUUUACUUUGUUAAAGUAUUUUGAAAUUUGGUAUUGAACCAAGUAAAAUUUCAAAUUCCACCCUCCAAGUACUGAAUAAAAACAAAGGAAAUUUGUAUUCGAUCCAUUAACAAAAGAAAAAAAAAAUCGCAGAUAUUUUUCGAGUAACGUGUAUCUGAUUUUGAGUAUUUUAACGUACG